GCCCGCCGCCACCGGGUCCCCACCACCACUCGUCUGCCUCCCCGGACCUUCCACAGCUACCUACCGCGCUCCCACCGCACCUACAGCUGCGUACACUGCCGUGCACACCUGGCCAGGCACGAGGAGCUCAUCUCCAAGUCCUUCCAGGGCAGCCAUGGCCGUGCCUACCUGUUCAACUCGGUGGUUAAUGUGGGCUGUGGCCCGGCCGAACAGCGCCUGCUGCUCACUGGGCUGCACUCUGUGGCUGACAUCUUCUGCGAGAGCUGCAAAACCACCCUGGGCUGGAAAUACGAGCAGGCAUUCGAGAGCAGCCAGAAGUACAAGGAGGGGAAGUUCAUCAUCGAGAUGUCGCACAUGGUCAAGGAGAACGGCUGGGACUGAGCAGCAUGGCAGGGACACCACAGCGGCACCUACCCUGGCAGGCACCUGGCUCUGGACUACUGACAUGGAUCCUCCCCACUUUGCUCUUCAGGGGGGGCACCCCAUGCCAGCCUGUGCCACCCGCUGGGGUGAGGGCAUGGGGCCCGUCACCAGCACACAGAGGCUGCGGGCAGCUUUUCUAGUGGAAUAAAAGAUUUUUGUAGGAAGGCUUCAAGUGUCACCUUGGAGUG